CAACAUGAAGACCUUUCUGUUUACCGUGACCGCCCUCCUCGCCGUCGGCUUCGUCAGCUCACAGUCGGAGCCUUGGUGCCGCUGUGCGCUGUUCGUGUCGUCCAGCAGCGCGGAGAUCAUGGUCUACGAACUGCCCGAAGUCAACAUCACCGACUGCAACAGCCACAACCAAUGCAAGAACCGCUGCACAAAUGAGUUCAACCAGAUGACUAACGAGAUGGACUUGUGGUCUACCGUGAACGGCGAGACUGUCGGUCAAUACAUCUGCCAGAAUCUGUACGGAAACUUCGUCUUCUUCAUCCACAACUCCUACGUUCACGCUUACUACGAGAUGUGCGGAGGACCCUGGGAAUACGCCAACCUCGACUCCCAGCAGAUGCUGUGCUGCAAUGUUGGCCAGCACGAGCACUGCAUCAGCCGUUAAUAUGAUUCUUGAAGAUCAAUAAAUAGUUACA